AACGAAAGACGAAGAAGAAGUAGAUGAAGACGGACUGGCAGUAACAACCACAACAACACGACAUACUCGCAAUAUGAAGGCGAUAUGCUAAACUUAUCCUAAGCGUCACUUCUUCUACAUUCAUAUUGUGGUCGGUUAUGCUGAUUGAAUGUUUGUAUUUCCUUCUUUGAGCUGCUACUGUCUAAAAGGGCUAAAGCCGGUAGACCGCCGUCGUCGCCGCUGUGUUUACGUCUGAUUUUCAGCUCAACUUUGUGUUGGAAAAACAUUUUUAACAGGUAGCAAACCGGAGAUGGCCUGAAGAAAGAAACACUUCAAAUUUUGUCAGGUGAUGUGAGUUGAGAGGCUGUAGCUCAAAGUCAGGAGGAUCAUGGAGGAGGAAUCAAGGCCUCUGCUGAGCACGGAGCAUAUGGGGGAGAGUUCCACAGACUCACUGGACGUCAAGACUAAAAGGCCUUUCCAUGUGGAGCCCAGGAACAUUGUAGAUGUUAACGACCCACAGGAAAGAAUCUCUGCUGAGGCUGCCAUCCUCAACAGCAGAGUACAUUAUUACGGCAGACUGACUGGCUCUUCUGACAGACUGUUGAGUCCUCCAAACCAUGUGAUCCCCACACCAGAGGAGAUCUACGUCUACAGUCCUCUUGGGACAGCUUUCAAAGUGAGCGGCAGCGACCAUGCCUCUAAAAACCCCAGUAUUGUUACCAUAUUUGCCAUAUGGAACACAAUGAUGGGCACAUCUAUACUCAGCAUGCCCUGGGGAAUGAAGCAGGCCGGUUUCACUCUGGGCAUUAUCAUCAUCAUCCUCGUAGGCCUGCUGAUGUUGUACUGUUGUUACAUUGUCCUGAAAUCACCAAAGACAAUACCACACUUGGACACAUCCGACUGGGAAUUUCCAGAUGUUUGUAAGUUCUACUUCGGAAAGUUCGGUCAGUGGUCCAGCUUGUUCUUCUCCAUGGUGUCAAUUAUUGGAGCCAUGGUGGUCUACUGGGUCCUCAUGUCCAACUUCCUCUACAACACUGGGCAGUUUAUUUUCAACUAUUCUCACAAUGUCAAUAUAUCAGAUUCAGUAUUUGGAACCAACGGCUCAGAGAAGGUUAUUUGUCCACACCCAUAUCCUGACCCUGGAAAGAACUACAGCGUCAGCAUGAUGUAUCUCGGCAGCAGAGGAAAUGAUUCCUCUGACGGCAGCUCUUUCGAACACUAUUGGAAUAAAACCGGCACCAUUCCCCUCUACCUCAUCCUACUGCUGCUGCCUCUGCUCUGCUUCCGCUCAGCUUCCUUUUUCGCAAGGUUCACAUUCUUGGGUACCAUAUCAGUGGUCUACCUCAUUGUGCUGGUCACUGUCAAAACUGCCCACCUUGGCUUCCACCUAGAGUUCCACUGGAUUGAGUCAACCCAGUUCUUUGUUCCAGAGUUCAGAAAGUUCUUCCCUCAGCUGACAGGUGUUCUCACUCUGGCCUUCUUCAUUCACAACUGCAUCAUCACCCUCAUGAAGAGCAACAAAAACCAAGAGAAGAAUGUGCGGGAUUUGUCUGUGGCUUAUCUUCUAGUAGGGGUGACCUAUCUGUAUGUUGGAGUGUUGAUCUUUGGUUCCUUUCCCGCACCUCCUCUCUUCAAAGAAUGCAUCGAACCAAACUUCUUAGACAACUUCCCCAGCAGUGAUGUGAUGGUGUUCGUGGCUCGGUUCUUCCUGCUGUUCCAGAUGAUCACAGUCUACCCCCUGUUGGGAUAUUUGGUGCGGGUGCAGAUAAUGAGUCAGAUAUUUGGAAAUCUUUACCCCAGUUUCUGUCAUGUUUUUGUGCUGAACGUCUUAAUCGUCGGAGCUGGUGUUCUGAUGGCCAUGUUUUACCCUAAUAUUGGAUCAAUCAUACGGUAUUCUGGAGCAACUUGUGGACUGGCUUUAGUGUUCGUCUUCCCUGCCUUAGUCCACAUGAUCUCCCAGAAACGGCAGGGCCGGCUGCGCUGGCCAUCAGCCCUCUUCCACAGCAUGCUGAUCCUGCUGGGCAUCGCCAACUUGGUUGCUCAGUUCUUUAUGUAAAGAGCAGUCAGUUAAACAUUGACGUAAGUUUGGUCAAAGGGCAGUUGAUGGAAACUAAAGAUGACAGCCACUCAAACUCAAUGGGGAACAUUGAAUGAAGUGUAGAACAACAGUGUGCAUCAUUCCAUAACAGUUAUGCUACAACCUCCAAGCAAUCAGAUAUACUGUCUUUGUUACUGAUAUGUGUAUUAACAGGAAUCUGAUUUCUUGGGAUGAUAAGUCUAUCUUUUUAUGUCACACAGACAGGCCUCUGAUAAAAGUUUCCCAUGAUGCUGUUGAUUAUUCCUACAAACAUUGAUCAUAGACAUACACAGACAAAACCUACAGAGUUUUAUAACUUUUUUUUAGUUAACCUCAAAAUAUGGAAUUGAUCAUUUUAUAUCAAUAGAAGUAUAUUAAAUUUCAACAUAAACAUGUCAGUUGACUCAGCAGUGCUUGGUUAUAUGUAGCACCGCAGUGAGUUUCAGCUCAUUGUUCAGCUGUCUGGUUGAAAGCUUACACUUAUCUGCUCUUACAGCCUUAUGUUAAGCUGCUGUUUCCACAGAAAAAGCUCUUCAGACCAACUCCGCACUCCCUGCUCUAGCAGACAGACAAAGUUAGAGACUUGCUUAUGGAGUAUUUUUCACCCGAAGACAGUGUCCUCAAACGACACCAGUUGCAACAAUGAGUGAACACUGGACUAACAUUUAUCAGGUGGACACAAAUACCAGUCCCAUGGAAUAGAGGUGUUGUUCAUAACACGUGGACGCUGAAACAAGCAGCUGUUUGUGGACUUGUAUGGUGAUAUGUUCCCUUUGUGUUCACACUUAUUCCUUCUGCCCCCAAGUGGUGAGAAAGAAAACGAGUUACUGCAGGUUUAAAUGUGUUCCACGUUAUUAGAGCUGGAUUGUACAAUCACUCAGAUGUCGCUGAGAACAGGGAAUCAUAUUACUAACUUUGUGAUUAUGCAAAUUGUUUAUGUAUUUUGAAGUCUCAUCUUUCAGCACAAUCUUUUAACUUUUAUGAGCGGUGUUGAUUUAUAUGUUUCCGUGGUGUUUAUUUUCUGUGCCCAAUGAGUUUUUACUAAUUGUAGGAUAGACAAAGGGAAUGUGCAUGUGGAAAAACCAUAACAGCCUAUAAGAAAUGUAGCUUCCUCUUGACGUUUAAUUGACUUGUAACACUGUGAAGAAUAGUUUCGGGUUCACUGGGAUUUGAAAAGUGUUGUCCGUUAGUAUUACAAUCAAAAACAUUGUACUCACAAUGUAAUGAGCGGUCACUCACAAGUAACCGCUGUUUAAUUUGUACUACUGGUCGAUAUGAUACAGUUAUCACUGUGGGAUUUUCAUUAUGGGAACUGUCUGCUUUAUAGAUGGAUAGGAGAGCUGCAAGAGUGCAGAACUGUAAUGCAACUACAGUCCCGUGCCUGAAUCAGCCCACCUUUAACUCUGUUAGUCCAUAAUUUAUAAGGCCACAUGGUGAUGGCCCAGAUUUCUCCAAAAAUCAUACAUGUUAACAGCCACUACUUCCAGCACGACUCCCCAAUGACCAGGUUCUCUGGCACAUAUUUAUGAACAUCUAGAACAAGACAGUGAUGGUUUGUUUAAUCAGGCUGUGUGUCUGCCAUCAAAUUCUGUGUGACUUUCUCUAAAGGAACUUGUGGCGAUAGUACCACAAAUGUGGCAUCAUUGUGUUAUUGUCAUAUUCUCAUGAUUGUGAAAUGCUUGAAUGAUGACAAGCCAGGAACCUGGGUCGCUGUGUUAGCUAUAAUAAAGGUAUGAAUGGUUGAUUCCAUGAGAUUUGCCUUGAAGUCAGCUUGAUUAAAACCAAAAUCAGUGGGUGA